AUGCCUUUUGCCCAGAUCGUGCUCGGACCUCCUGGCUCGGGAAAAACGACCUAUUGUAAUGGGAUGCAACAGUUUCUACAGGCAAAUCAUCGAGACGUGGCUAUUGUAAACAUGGAUCCAGCGAAUGAGCAAUUGCCAUUUGUAGCAGACGUUGACGUGUCCGAGAUAAUUUGUCUUGAAAAUGUUAUGGAGGCAUUGGACCUGGGCCCAAAUGGCGGACUCGUGUAUUGUAUGGAUUAUAUCGACAUGAACUUUGACUGGUUGGAAGAAAAACUUGGAAAGCUCAAGGACAAGUACAUACUCUUUGAUUUUCCAGGUCAAGUUGAGCUCUAUACACAUGAAAACAGUGUGCAUCAUAUUCUUCAUAAACUGGAGAAACUUGGCUAUCGGCUUGCAGUGGUGCAUCUUGUAGAUGCUCAUCACUGUACCGACAGUUUUAAAUUUGUAUCGGUGGUUAUGCUGAGCUUGUCGUCAAUGGUUCGUCUCGGACUACCGCAUAUUAACGUACUCUCCAAGAUCGAUCUCAUUCAACAGUACGGUAAACUUGCAUUUAACUUGGACUUCUACACGGACGUCUUGGACUUGCGGUACCUGCUGGAUCGUCUCGAUGAGCCGGACGAGGCUGAAGAUGAAGACCAGAUCUCGUUAGAGCCGCGGCAUACAACGAUUUGCAACUCGCGACUUGCUGAGCGGUUCCGACGUAUGAACGAAGCUCUGGUUGAUGUGAUCGAAGACUUCAGUCUAGUGAGUUUCUUGCCAAUACAGAUCCAAGAUGCCGCUACACUACAGAAACUUGUUGCGGCGGUCGACAAAGCAAACGGCUUUGUGUUUACCGGCGUGGACUUUCAAACGGCUGUCGUCAAGGACUACGCCUUUGGAGACCAGAGCGCACCUGACGUUCAAGAGAAAUACCUCAAUUAG